AUGAUUCAACAUUGGGAAUUGAGAUUAGUCAACUUAUUCCCAUAUGAUACUAAAACAUUUGUCAAUGGAAAGUUCUGCAAGGACCCGAAGCAAGCCACAGCUGAUGAUUUCCUCUUUAUGUGGUUCAGGAAUCCUGGAAACACAGCAAAUCUGCUCAGAUCAAAAGCCACACAGGCUUUCGUCGAGCAAUUUCUAGGACUCAACACUCUUGGAACAUCCAUGGCUCGCAUUGACUUUGCUCCCAGUGCCCUAAAACCUCCCCUCUCUCAGCCUCGUGGCUCCGAGGUUCUGGUCAUGGUGGAGGGCAUGCUACUUGUUGGCUUUGUCACGUCCAACCAAUUAAAGAACACUCUCUUCACCAAGCUGAAUAUCGGAAACACGUACGCGCUGGCCUUUUCUGGUCUCAGCUGCCAGAACCCAGGAGUCAUUACCAUUGCUAAUGCCGUCUUCGGGGUGAAGCCACCCAUCUCCGCUGAAGCUCUCACUAAGGCCUUCCAAGUGGACCAGAAGGUUGUUGACUACCUCCAGGCGCAGUUUUGGUACAACAACAACUAA